ACAACAUCUAUAAUCAUGCGAUCAGUCGGCCUCUCGGUUACGGGAACGCUCCUAGGCUUCUAUGCCGCAGGAGUGUCUGCCCAAGCAGGCGUUGCCUGUGAUAACAGCAUCGCAACUAAAACACCAUGGAACGCAGAAAACACCGUCAGUGUAGCCAACGACGUGUGCAACACCCACCUCAACGACGAGGGUGCCUCCAAGUACGUCGAGAAGGAGAGCCCGGACGGUCUUCUUCUCAGCGUCACCAAGGUCGAGGGAUCUACUCCUUUGUCCUCUGACGAGUGCGUGGAUCGUUUCGUCGACAUCUUGAAGCAAUGCAGCGGCGAUUUGAGCGGGUCGAGCGAAGUUGAUGGACGCUUGUAUGAAAUCUACAAGAACAACGUAGCCUCUUCGCACGAAGAGGAGAAGAGGGCGCCAAAGGCAAAGACUACGAAGAAGACAACGGCCAAAACUACCUCUACAAAGGCAUCAUCGACCAAGGCGAGCGAACCAACGACGACCAGCUCGAGCAAGACUUCCUCUUCGUCCUCAUCCUCAUCCUCAUCAUCGUCGGCUAGCUCUACUGCUAAGUCGUCUUCAUCAUCGGCUAGCUCUACUGCUAAGUCCUCCUCUUCGUCAGCAGUCAGCUCCUCUUCCAAAGCUUCUUCAUCCAGCGCCAGUGCCAGCGCCAGUGCCAGUGCCAGCUCAACCUCGAAGACAGGUUCAUCCUCGGCAAGCUCUUCUUCCAAAGCAUCUUCGUCCGGCGCCAGCUCCAGCAGCAAGGCAUCCUCAUCUAGCGGAAGCGCUUCCAUCACCGCGACCUCGUCCGGAGCAAGCUCCUCCAUCACAGCAAGCUCCUCAGGAAUGAGCUCCAUCUCAUCCAGCCGCAACUCCACCUCCACCGUCCCAUCCUCCUCCAGCAAAUCCAUGAUGUCCUCAUCCUCCUCAGCAUCAGCCCUGCCAACCGAUGCCUGCGCCUGGUCUCCCGGAAAGAAAAUCAGCGCCCGCUCCACCUGCCAGGAAGACGAAUGGUCCCGAAUCGAAGCCAAUGCCGACCCCUCCGAUGUCACCACUGGCUGCGCAGGCAACGGCGCCAGUGGCCGCAGUAUCGACGCUCUCGAAGCCGCUGCCCGCUCUCAAAAACGCUCUGGCGAUAAAGGGGCCGUCAAUUGGGACGUCUGGGAACAAGUCGUCAAGAAACUCGACGAGAAGUUUGGUGAAAUUCUGGCUGCUGCGGGCACGCCCAACGACAAAGUCACAAUCAUCUGGGCCGGCGGCAUUUCCGGCGUCCGUCUCAAGUCGCGCGGUGCAAAGGGCGCAACCGCUGACAUCGAUUACGCGUACCACACCUCGAGCACCGAGAACCAGAAGAAGCUAUUCAAGGAAGCCAUCGACGCCACGACCCCACUGUUCCCAGAGCUCAACCAGAAGAAAACCGUCAUCUCAAACUCGCUCGAGUUCGACGGGAACCCGAACAAGGCCAAGAAGUGGUCUGAAUUGGCGGAUGCAAACGGUAACGUGGUGUAUGACGGCAAGAAUCUCAAGGCUGUCGAUGGCGAUUGGCUUGUGCAGAUUUUCGGCAAGAUGACGCGCAUGUACCAGAUGCGCUUGGUGCGUUCCAGCCAGGAUAUCAAGGCGAAUAGGCCGUAUGGGCAGUUCAAGCCUCGUGACCAGCAGGACGCCAAGAUGUUCUUCAAGCAGUGGACUGCUGCGAACAGCGGCGAUUUGACCAUGAAGGAUCUUUUGGAGAUUGGCAAGGUCUGGGAGAGGAAUACCGAGUAUGUCGAGGCCAUGGUUACCUCUACCAUGAAGCUCGUUGUGCCGAAUUUGACCAAGGUGGAUAGCAAGAUUAAGGAGCUUGGUGAAAAGGUCCUUUGUAAAAAAUGA